UCCGACGACCCCUGGAUGCCAGGACUGCGCUUUUCCCCUUUUCUGCUGAAACAGCGUUCAGCGGGCGGAGCGGCAGGGCAGCGGGGCGGGACCUGGGCGCGGCCGGAAGAGGCGGAGCGCGCCUGGAUAAAGGCGCCGCGCAGCGCGGUGGUCCGCAGCUCCCGUCCCGUCGCAGCCAUGGCCCGCGCCGCCCUGCUUCUGGCCGCUGUCCUGGUCGCCGUCCUGUCGCUGACGCUGGCCGCGGAGCCCAGGAAGCGCCCGCGCCUGCUGGGCGGCCUGGAGGAGGCGGAUGUGAGCGAGGAGGGCGUGCAGCGCGCGCUGAACUUCGCUCUCAGCGAGUACAACAAGGCGAGCAACGACCGCUUCCACAGCCGCGCGCGCCAGGUGCUGCGCGCCCGCAAGCAGCUGGUGGCCGGCAUGAAUUACUUCCUGGAAGUGGAGAUUGGCAGAACCACGUGCACCAAGUCCCAGCCCAACUUGGCUGACUGUCCCUUCCAUGAAGAGCCGCACCUGAAGAGGAACUCGGUCUGCUCUUUCCAGAUCUACACCGUGCCCUGGGAAGGCAAAAUCUUCCUCACCAAGUCCAGCUGUCGCGAUGCGUAGGCUUUGUGCCAGGCCACGCCACACUUCCCACCUCUUACCUGUGUCCCCUUUGGUGUCCCCUUCCCGCAAUGGAACCCGGCCCUGGCUCAGUCUCCUUGGUGUCCCAGCUCCUAGGGACCAGGACAGCAGGCCCCUCCGGGUAGUGUGGACACCAUGAGCUGUCCCCUCUUCCUUCCUCGACCUAAACCACACCAGUGUGUGGGGCCUACAGCCACCCUUGCCUUGCUCAAUAAAAACCUGCACCAGCU